AUGGCUUCCUUCGCCGAGGCUCCUGCUGGCGACGCCGCCAAGGGCGCCAAGAUCUUCAAGACCAAGUGCGCGCAGUGCCACGUCGCUGAGAAGGGCGGAGGCCACAAGCAGGGCCCGAACCUCGGCGGCCUGUUCGGCAGGCAGUCGGGCAAGGCCGAGGGGUACAGCUACAGCGCUGCGAACCAGACCUCGGGGAUUAUGUGGUCGGAAACCACUCUGUACGACUACCUGCUCAACCCGAAGAAGUACAUUCCCGGCACCAAGAUGGUCUUCGCCGGCCUGAAGAAGCCCCAGGAGCGUGCGGACCUGAUCGCGUACCUCAAGGAGGCGACUGCCUGA